AUGGCCGAAACCGAGAACAAACCCUCAAUUGAGGUCAAAGACCUCUCCUACAAAUUCCAGGAUGGCUCGGAUGGUCUGGAAAACGUAACUCUGGAUCUGCCCGCUGGGAGCCGGACUUUGCUCAUUGGCGCAAAUGGCGCUGGCAAGACCACGCUCCUCCGCCUGGUGUCGGGAAAGCGUCUCGCGCCCUCCAACACAGUCUCCGUGGGCGGUAACGACCCCUUCACGCACGGUCUUGAGGGCGUCACCUACCUGGGUGUGGAGUGGGUGCUCAACAGUAUCGUCCGCACGGACAUUGACGUGCCGACGCUUCUAGCAUCGGUCGGUGGCAACGCCUACCCGGAGCGACGGGAUGAACUGGUCGAAAUCCUCGACAUUGACCUCCGCUGGCGCAUGCAUGCCGUCUCCGACGGCGAACGGCGCCGUGUCCAGCUGGCAAUGGGAUUGCUGCGGCCCUGGCGGGUUCUCCUUCUUGACGAGAUCACCACUUGCUGUCUCGAAGCAACUUCCUCGCCUUUUUUGAAGCGCGAGACCGCGUCUCGUCCUUGUACUAUUGUUUAUGCUACGCAUAUCCUGGACAAUCUCGCCCAAUGGCCUACGCAUCUAGUGCACAUGCACCUGGGUAAGGUUAAGGCGUGUGGUCCCGUGGAGCAGUUCCAUGAUCAGGUGCCGCAGUGGACAUCAGAGAACAGCCGGCUGGGUGAGCUGGUACUCAAGUGGCUCAAGGAGGAUCUCCAAACGAGAGGACCCCGGAAUGGCCGCGGUAAUGAGGCAAAGACCUAUCAAUCCCUCGAGGGGGUUGGUGGUUACGGCUUAGAGAAGCACGAUUAA